ACAUUGGUUCAAUUGAAAGCAAUCUAUUCAUUUAGUAAUCGCCGUUAUCAGUCCCGAGCCGGUUUGACGUUGUUGAGACGCUGGAUUGCUUUUUGGAGUAAAAUUUGUAAAACACAGGCGAAAGUAUAUAUAUUUCAAAUAUGAGAACUUACGAUUUUCGCGGAAUUAUGGUUCCCGUAUUGACCGCUUUCCAUGACGACAUGUCCCUCAAUUUGGACGCCAUCCCACGCUACGCUGAUUAUCUGGCACAGUGCGGGAUCCAAGGAAUUUUGAUUACAGGUACGAUAGGCGAAGGGAUGAAUAUGAAGUUGGACGAGCGCAAGACGCUUAUUGAAGCCUGGGCAAAAACCGUCAAGGCGACCCACCAGCACUUGAUGGUACAGGUGGGCGGAACUUGCCUAUCCAACGUGUUGGAACUGGCUCGUCACGCGGAGAGUUGUGGGGCCGACUCCUUGCUCUGCCUCCCGGAGAUUUAUUACAAACCAAAAACUAUUAAAGAGAUUGUCGCUUACUUCAAACUGGUUUCUGCGUCUGCGCCGCAAACUCCGCUGUUUUAUUACAAUUCUCCCGCAAGAACCGGAGUUAAUGUCUUCUUACUUGCAGUGAACAUAUUGGAUUUUUUGAAGGAAGCCGAAGGUCAAAUUCCAACGUUGCGAGGAGUUAAGUUUGUGGACGACACUUUUAAUCGAGCUUAUGACGUUCUCAAAGCAGUCGACGGCAAGUACGCUAUCUUCAUUACCAACAACACGCUGGUAUAUGGAGGCGCAUUGUUGGGUUUCGACUCUUUCAUGGCGCCGGUAUUAAAUCUGGUACCCAAGCUAGGGAUUGAUUUGCUCAAAGCGGUGCAUGAAUCCGACUUGGACAAAGCCAGGAAUCUGCAAGGUGUGCUGACAAAAAUUGCCAACAUUAUUUUAAAAACCGACGCUUAUGUGCCGAGGUUGAAAGCAGCAGCGAAUUUUGUUCUGCCUAUUAAACUGGGGUCCGUCAGAUCGCCGUUGGAAGCAUUGGGUGAUGAAGAUUUACAAAUCCUAUUAGAUGAACUGAAACCAUACAUAUCUAUUUAAAUA